UUUAUGUUCUUUUUCCAUUAAAUAAAAUAAAGCGAAUGAAAAAUCAAAUAGCCUAAGACUGUUUCUGUGUUUCGACUUCUUUAAAAAUAGCACUAGCAUAUGAAGAUGCCUGGUCAGAAUGCAGAUGAUCCAAUCCUCGAAGUUUGGGCAUCAAAUGUUGACGAAGAAUUCAAAAAAAUUAGGAAGUUGAUUCAUCAUUAUCCUUAUGUUUCUAUGGACACAGAAUUUCCUGGUGUUGUUGCAAGGCCAAUUGGAGAGUUUCGUAGCAAUUCAGACUAUCAAUAUCAACUUUUAAAAUGUAAUGUCGAUCUUUUGAAAAUAAUUCAACUAGGAUUGACUUUUAUGAAUGACAAGGGUGAAACUCCACCUGGAAUAUCAACAUGGCAGUUCAACUUUGCUUUCAGUUUGAACGAGGAUAUGUACGCCCAAGAAUCAAUUGAUCUACUGCAUGAAAGCGGAAUUCAAUUUAAACAACACGAAGACGAGGGAGUAGAACCUUUAUAUUUCGCAGAACUGUUAAUGACAUCAGGCAUUGUCCUCAUGGAUAAUGUUAAAUGGGUGACAUUCCACAGUGGAUAUGACUUUGGAUAUUUAUUGAAGAUAUUGACUAAUAACAACUUGCCAUCUGAAGAAAGCGAAUUUUUUGAAUUGAUUAAAAUAUUUUUCCCAAAUAUUUAUGAUGUAAAAUAUUUAAUGAAAAGCUGCAAAAAUUUGAAGGGUGGUCUUCAAGAAGUUGCUCAACAGUUAGAAAUUGAAAGAACAGGACCACAGCAUCAAGCUGGGAGUGAUAGUCUACUUACAGGACAAACAUUUUUCAAGAUGAGGGAGAUGUUUUUUGAAGACCAUAUUGAUGAGACCAAGUACUGUGGCCAUUUAUAUGGCUUGGGCAGUAGUUAUGUACAGAACGGUAAUCCUUAUAGUGCAGAAGAAUUUAACAAAAGUUGACUGCUAACUGUGGAUCACCAACUAAACAUUGUUUAUCUGCAUUAAAUGCACCUAAGUAUAGGGAAUGUGUACUGCGCCAAGUGAAACCACAUGAUGCAUUAAUAUUGAAUAAUAUGGAGAGAGUUGCCCAUUGCUUUGCAAGACAUGUUUUAAUUUAAAUCAAGCCCAUAUGCUUUAAUACGGAUAGAUUAUGGCUUAAGGAAUUUGUUUAAAUGAAAGCCAAAAUUAAAUGGAUUGGUACAGAUUUAUCCAUAUGAAAUGAAUUAUGAUAUCUUGAUUUUUGAUGAGGAUCAAUUAAUCGUUAUUACUCAAAUAACAAGGUUAGCUAUAGGUGGUGUACUUGUAUCUGGACCUGAUUUAGCUUUCAAACUGGACAAGUUGUAUGGCACUUCAUUGGAAUACUGAAUAUUUAGACUAAGGUGAUUUGUAUAUCCACUGAGCUCUCAGUGCGUGCUUGUUAUUACUCAGCUUAUUGCCCUGGCAAUUCAUAUCAAUCAUAUUCUUCGGGAUGAAGGAAGAAAUUGCUCAUAUCGCACAUGUUAGCUCCUUUAUUGGGUAUGUUUUGCUCCACUCUUGUAUGAAGAAUUUAUUUGUUAUCUUAUGUGAAUGUAACCAUAUUCGCAUAAAACGUUUGCGUCAAGUCGAUAUAUGUGCUACCGUAUAUUAUAUUCAGCCGAGUUGCAUCUCUCAACUAAAUUUUGAAAAUACCACCCAGACUCCCUCUUCGAUGCCGGUAUUGAAGUAUGUAAUAUGAUUGUGAAUAAAUAGCCCACGUCUGUGA